UUCAUUUGCUUCUUGCUCUCACCGCAGAGAAUCCCCUCACACGUUAAAGGAGGUGGUUGUGCUAUAUGUAGGAGCGUGCAAGACAAAAGCUUGUACUAUUUAUGAACAAGUUCUCAACUUUGUUUGAGAAAAAAUUUCUUGAAUAUGGCUGCCACAUUCUUCUCUCAAUCGCUUCUUCAAUCCAACAAUCUUUCUCCUUCUUGUCUCUCUCCUCGCAUCCCUCAUUCUCUGGCUAGCCGUGUCAAACCCUCCUGCCUCGGGGUGGUUUCUGUGAGCAAAAGGUUAAGUGGGGUGGUGCCCAAUGCUGCUCUGAAAGCCUUGGAAACUAAUUCGGAUUUCCCCAUUUCGGCUAAGAAGUCCAUCGACAACCCCAUUGUUGUUAUUGAUAACUAUGACAGCUUUACCUAUAAUCUUUGCCAGUAUAUGGGAGAGUUAGGAUUUCACUUUGAGGUCUACCGCAAUGAUGAGUUGACAGUGGAGGAGUUGAAAAGGAAAAAUCCUAGAGGAGUGCUAAUAUCACCUGGGCCAGGGGAACCUCAAGAUUCUGGCAUAUCUUUGCAAACAGUUUUGGAACUUGGACCAACUGUACCAUUGUUUGGUGUGUGCAUGGGUUUGCAGUGCAUUGGUGAGGCUUAUGGAGGAAAGAUUGUUCGUUCUCCUUAUGGUGUCAUGCAUGGAAAAAGUACCUUGGUUUAUUAUGAUGAGCAAGGAGAAGAUGGAGUACUUGCUGGACUGUCAAAGUAAGGUUUCUGCUUCCGAUUUAUU